AUGGUCAGUGACCUGUCACAUAUCAAGCUUUUCUACGACGCCAUGUGGCUGCUCGCGGGCCCGCUCGACGCGUACCUCCGCGCCCUGCCGCGGCGGCCUGACUGCCUGGUCGCCGACACCUGCAACCCGUGGACGGCGGACGUCGCUCGACGGCUCGGCAUCCCACGGUUCGUGUUCCACGGUCCGUCCGCGUUCUUCCUCCUGGCGGCGCAUAAUCUGGCCAAGCACGGUGUGCGCGACCGCGCCUCCGGCGAGUUCGAGCCGUUCGAGGUGCCCAACUUCCCGGUGCGCACGGUCGUGAACAAGGCGAUGUCGCUCGGGUUCUUCCAGUGGCCAGGGCUGGAGGCGCAACGGCGCGAGAUGCUGGACGCCGAGGCCACCGCCGACGGCUUCGUCGUCAACACGUGCGCGGCCUUCGAAGGCGCGUUCGUCGAGGGCUACGCGGGGGCGCUCGACCGAAAGGUGUGGGCGGUCGGGCCACUCUGCCUCCUAGACUCCGACGUCGAGACGACGGCCAGGAGAGGCGAUCGCGCGGCCAUGGACACUGGCCGGAUCAGCUCCUGGCUCGACGCGAAGCCUCCACGAUCCGUACUCUACGUCAGCUUCGGCAGCAUCGCCCGCUUGUUACCGCCGCAGGUCGCCGAGCUCGCCGCCGGGCUGGAGGCGUCGGAGAGGCCGUUCGUCUGGGUGGCCAAGGAGGGCGACGACCUGGACGCCGGAUUCGACUCGCGGGUGGAGGGCCGCGGCCUGGUCAUCCGUGGGUGGGCGCCGCAGAUGAGCAUCCUGUCGCACCCGGCGGUGGGCGGCUUCUUGACGCACUGUGGCUGGAACUCCACGCUCGAGUCUCUCUCCAAUGGCGAGCCGCUUCUGACCUGGCCUCACUUUGCCGACCAGUUCCUCAACGAGAAGCUAGUCGUCGACGUGCUUGGCGCUGGUGUCCGUGUCGGUGUGAAGGUGCCGUCGACCCACGUAUUCCUGGACCCUGAGACACCGGCAGUGCAGGUUUGGGCAGACGAUGUCGUAAGGACGGUGGCCAAGCUGAUGGACGACGGGGCGGCAGUGCGGGCAAAGGCAAUGGAGCUCGCAGCGAAGGCAAGGGAGGCCAUGGCAAAAGGCGGGUCCUCGGACAGAGACCUGGUGGGCAUGAUUCAGCAGCUCAGAAAGCUUGCGAGUAAUGAGAAGGAUGAAGUUGUGUCUACUACAAGUGUAGAUAGGUCAUAA